ACCAUGAAAUGUAUUUAUUUGUUUGUAGUGCAUAAAUGUAUUGCAUUAUUCUAUUAUCUUGUCCAAGGUAAUAUGCACGCCGUUUGGUGAUGAACAGUGCAUGGCAGUCUACAUUCCAUGCAUUUAGUGCAUUUUUUAGUGAUUAGGUGGCUUAAUGUGAGUGGAGAUGUCUGCACUCUGUAACUGGUACCAGCAGCUUCCAUAAAUAACCGAGUGGGAAGAACCACGGGCGUUUCCCCACCUAUUAGUCUCAGGUGAAGCAAAAAAUCUCGGACAAACUGGAUGUCUGCAACGCGGAAGUCAAGAAACAGUGAGACCGGACUCGAGACAGGAAUAUUUGAAUAUUUGUAAUUUUUUUUAAAUGUAUUAUUUAUAAGAAAUUGUUGGAAUCGAUCGAGCUGUGAUCUGUAACCUGCGCUUCAUGUGAGCGCCGACGCUUCACAUCCAGGAGGUUAAAAAAGGCAGCGAGUUUCCAAAGAUGCGUCUUCUUUUCCUGAUGGACUUUUAAAAAUCGCAGACGCGUGUGGACAUGUCGUCGGAAGGUGAGCCGGUGAAGGAGCUGAGCACCGGCGAGGUGCAACGCACGCUCAUGGAGCUCGUGUUGAUGGUGGCGCGGAGCGCGCUGCUGCUCUACCCGGUGUACGUGUGCGGCGCGUUCGGGCUGAGCAUCAGCUGGAUCCUGCUCACCGUGCUGCUGUGGGAACUGUGGGACAGGAACCGCCGGCACAAGGGUGCGCGCGUGGACGCCGCCAUCGACUUCGUGGACAAUGAAAGUCACGUGAUCAAGAGCGAGAUGAUGAAGGCGCUCAACUCGCCCACCUGGGUUCAAUUUAACGAAGUUGAGAAGGUUUCCUGGAUCAACAAGAUUCUUCAACAAGCCUGGCCUUUCUUUGGUAUCUACAUGGACAAACUUCUGAAAGAGAGCAUCCAGCCGUUGAUUAGGCAAUCCAACAACCACCUCAAGACCUUCAAAUUCACCAAGGUCCACUUUGGCCAGAGGGCUCCAACAAUUACAGGCAUACAAGUGUACACACACGAAGAAGACAUGAGGGAAGUCAUCCUAGACCUCAACAUUGCGUACACAGGGGAUAUUGACAUUGAUGCAGAUGUAAAGUCACACAUGACAGCAGGGGUUAAAGAACUUCAGCUUCAGGGAAUGCUCCGUGUGAUUCUGAGCCCCUUGAUUGGCCAGUCCCCACUUGUGGGCGGGGUCACAAUGUUUUUCAUCCGUAGACCAACCCUGCAAUUAAAUUGGACUGGUAUGACCAAUCUCCUUGAUAGUCCAGCAUUCCGAUCCUUUUCAGAGACGACCGUCAUGGACAUAAUUGCUUCCAUCAUGGUCCUACCAAAUCGUUUAUGUUUCCCAUUAAUAGACCAGGUCAAGGUGGAUCAAAUGAGAUUUCCUCUGCCUCGAGGCGUGGUACGUGUCCAUGUGUUGGAGGCUGAGGGUUUGAAGGCCAUGGACACAGUAAUGUUGGGUCUAGGAAAGGGCAAGUCUGAUCCUUAUACAGUCCUUAUGGUUGGCAACCAGCGUUUUCAAACAAAGACCAUAAAAGAGACCUUGAACCCCAAAUGGAAUGAGGUGUAUGAGUUUGUGGUCCAUGAGGCUCCUGGCCAAGAGCUUGAAGUGGAGCUUUAUGAUGAGGAUACGGACAAGGAUGACUUUAUGGGCAGGCUCAAUCUGGAUUUUGGCGUGGUGAAACAGGAAAAAGUGAUAGAUAAGUGGUACACCCUGCAGCAGAUUGAAAAAGGAAAACUCCACUUGAAACUGCAGUGGCUCUCUCUGCAGACUGAUCAGGAGCUAUUGAAAGAGGCAACUGGUGGCUGUGCCUGCGCCAUGCUUGCCAUAUAUUUGGACAGUGCCUCUAAUCUUCCUAAAGACCUAAAUGAAUUAAGCCAGAUUGAGAAACAUGGCAAACAUCCCAAAGAGGUGAAGCUGACAAGAAGGCAAAACAACCCCAACUCUUAUGUGAAGUUUUCCAUAGGUCAACAAAGCCAGAAAAGCAAGAUUGCUUAUAGCUCCAGAGAUCCUGUUUUUGAGCAGUACUUUACAUUCUUUGUGCACAAUGUAGAAAACCAAGUGCUUAACGUUCAGGUGAUGUUGGCUGAAAAGAAAAAUUCACUGGGAACACUCACUCUGCCUCUUAUGCGGCUCCUUAAUGCCUCAGACCUGACUCUUGACCAGUGUUUCCAGCUCGAACGUUCCGGCUCCAACAGCCAGCUCAAGAUGAAAGCCAUCCUCAGGAUGCUGAAACUGGAGAAGCCGAAGCCCAAAGAUUUAAAUCCCCCAGUUGCCAAACCUCGAAAAGGAAACCAGGUCACGGAUACUAAGCUCCAGCAACCUUUGCAAUCCCAAACCGAGCCUCCUCUUAACCCCUCAAACCCUGAGGCCUCCACACUGUCUCAGAUGCAGGUUCCAGUCAGCUCUUCAAAUGGGCCCCAGACUGAGAACAUGGCCCGGAGAGGUUCUCUCGUGGCCUCUGAGAGCCGUCUUACGAGCUCCGCUCGAAUGCGCCGCUACGACUCGCACAGCCUCCUCUCAGAUAACUCUAUCGCUUCUUCGCGGUUUGACCUGUCCGAGGGUGUUCCUUACCCAGACGCCAUCAUGAAUCACCAGGGCAGUUUUGGCCAGAUUCAGUUAACUAUUCGCUAUGUUACGCUAAGGAACAAGCUGACUGUGACAGUCAUUAACUGCAGGAACCUGUUCCCAUGUAAUGGCCACAGCUCAGACACCUACGUCCGCCUUUACUUACUUCCUGACCAAACAUGGAAAAACCGCAUGCGAACAAAAGUGAAGAGGAAAACCGUGGAUCCUACCUUUGAUGACAAGUUCGAUUUUUCGGUGCCAUUGGAGGAAGCCAAGACGCGGAUGUUAGAUGUUUCUGUAAAGAACAAUCGGAUGUUCCAUACCCGAGAGCGAAAAGAGAUUGGGAUGGUCUUGAUUGAUCUGGCCCAGGUGGAUAUUGUGAAAGGUUCCACAGAAUGGUAUGAGCUCACUAUCCCAGGGCUGAAGAAAGCUAUCUAAAGGAUUGAAGGUCAACUGUAUACAGGAUCACUGAUCAAACUGACUCUUUAUAUAGUUCAAAAUGUAUUUUUUUUUACACUCAUUUCUGAUUUUACAUCUAAAUUCAUCCUGCCUCUCAGGUAGUGGCACAUAUGAGAAUAUUUAUUAUUUUAACACUGAAAAACUUUCAAAAAACUAUAAAGACCAAAAAAAAAAAGAACAUAAAAAGUGCACUGUAUUUUUUAUUAUUAUUUUUUUUUUACAAAUUCUUUUUACUCACCCGUUCCCAGUGGUGUUUUCACUUGUUGAUGGGAAGCAGGUUUUCUUCUUUGCAAACCACUUUUUAUUUUUAAACCAUACUGAAAGUACUUUUACUGCUUUUUGUUGAUGAGCUUCCAUAUAUUUGUUUUCUAAUAAGGCAUUUUGGUGUGAACCUUCAUGUGACACAUAUUGUACACUGUCAUGAUGUUUUUUUUUUAUGAAUAAUUGUGUUGCACAUUUUAAUGCAUUGAUCAUUGGUUAUGUGAUGUUUACUAAUCUGAAUUAAUAUGCACCUCUGUAGAUCUACAUUCCUGCUCUUGACAAACCAAAGGCAAGUAGUCAGUAACAUGCCGAGCAAUUUAUUGUAGCAAAAAAAAAAAAAAAAAAAAAAAAACGGUUUUAAAAAUUAUGAUUAGAAGGGACAAUAUAUGAAAAAUAUAUCAGGGAAAUGUUUGGGCACAGUGAAAUGUCAAUGUCCUGCAUACAUAAUAAAAAAUAAAAAAAAACUGGCAUGGAUGCAGUAAUUUUCUCAAAAAAUAUAUUCUGUAAUCAAAUUUUGCAAUCAUAUAAGUUAUAUAAUUUUUAAUGAAUUAACGUGUUAAUUAAAGUGUUGGUAUAUUUCUAUUUUAUUUUCCUCAGUAUUUUUUCUGUAUGUUCAUUUAAACUGUGAUUGUGUUGUAGGACA